AUGAGCGCGGUGCGUGGACAGCAGCAGGCGUCUGGGAGCCGCAGGGGCCGUGGCUCCGGGGACAAGAAGUCCCGGAAGCGUAGCCGGCGCAAAGAAACCUACUCAAUGUAUAUUUACAAAGUGCUGAAGCAGGUGCAUCCUGACAUCGGCAUCUCUUCUAAGGCCAUGAGCAUCAUGAAUUCAUUUGUAAAUGAUGUGUUUGAGCGGCUGGCUAACGAGGCCGCCCGGCUGGCUCAGUACUCGGGCCGGACCACACUGACGUCCCGGGAAGUCCAGACAGCCGUGCGUCUACUGCUGCCCGGAGAGCUGGCCAAGCACGCCGUGUCUGAGGGCACCAAGGCCGUCACCAAGUACACCAGCUCCAAGUGACCCCGGGCCGAACUUAAAUAAAAAGGGUGAACUGCUCCCGUGCACUGUGAUGAUUUGAAAAAUGGACAUGUGAGGUGUGAGUUGGGGCAAGGGUAUAUCAUCACUUUUUAUGGCCACCAAGGUGGAAUAAUACUUAUUCAUACUUUUAAAAAGCUGCUUUCUGUAUGUACCCCAUGAGCGAUGCAUGAUAAAUGUUCUAAUCGGUAGUGAGCUGAGGUAGGACUGGGGGCUGGGUUAGAAUCCUGGGUAUGCUGCCAGCUGUUUCCAUCACGCUCUCUCUGGGGCUGAAAUACCUCCCGUAUGUUAAUUACUCUUCAGGCCAUGGUUUGGGGAUGCCAUUUCCGGCAGCCUGAUAUUUUUGUCCUGUGCCUGGCAUGGGGGCUGGGCAGUCUAUCCUUCAAGACACAAAAAUG